UGCUCUCUCCGAUUCCAUUUGAAAUUUUACACACCUCUCACGUUGCAUUAGAGCCAAUCGACACAAGGCUUAUCAAGUGUCUCCUUGACUCCCAACCAAGGUUGCGGUGAAUUUGAAUCUGAAUCGUGCAAGCCGCGCCAGCAGUUGAACGAUCAGGGGAAGAUGAACAAAAUGGCCACAGCUGAACUCGGAGGCAACACAACACAAUUGAAGCCUGCAGACAGCCCCAAUGGACCACCAUCUUCUGUGGCUACAUCACUUCGGAGGAAAAACCCAGGACCUCUGAAAACACCGAUCGUUGACCCUGUCGAAUCCGCGAGACCUGCCCCGGCUACUAAGCUCACGCCCGAUCAACAAUCAAAGUAUGAAGAACUGCUGCAGACCGUCAGGUCUUGGAAAGAAAUCCCCUCGUCGCAGGGGAAAGGAGGUGCGAUUACAGAGGACGAGAUCAUGUGGUUGACAAGAGAGUGCCUUUUGCGGUACCUACGAGCCACAAAAUGGUCCACAGCAGAGGCUGCAAAGCGUUUGCUUGGUACACUCACAUGGAGGAGAGAAUACGGCGUUGAGAGUCUCACGGGUGAUCACAUUUCGCCUGAAAACGAGACGGGCAAGCAGAUCAUCUUAGGCUUCGACAUCGAAGCCAGGCCAUGUCAUUAUCUGAAUCCUGGAAGGCAGAACACAGAGCCAAGUCCCAGACAGGUUCAGCAUUUGGUAUUCAUGUUGGAGCGUGUUAUCGACCUCAUGGUGCCCGGCCAGGAAACUCUAGCACUAUUGAUCAACUUCAAGUCUGGCAAGAGUCGCACCAAUACCGCACCAGGAAUAGGGCAAGGGAAAGAAGUCUUGAAUAUUUUACAGACACACUAUCCGGAAAGAUUAGGCAGGGCACUGAUCAUUAAUGUUCCGUGGGUCGUCUGGGGCUUUUUCAAACUGAUCACUCCAUUCAUUGAUCCUUUAACCAGAGAGAAGCUGAAGUUUAAUGAUGACAUGCGAAAGCAUGUUCCUCCUCAGCAACUGUGGACCGAGUUUCAAGGAGAUCUCGAAUUCGAAUACGACCAUGCCACCUACUGGCCCGCACUUAUAAAAUUGUGCGAGGAGAAGCGGACAGAACACCGAGAUCGCUGGGUGAAGGCAGGAAAGCAUUAUGGUGAGAGUGAGAUAUAUAUCAAAGGAGGGGACGCUCCGAGUAUUGGUGGUCAAAUAGCGGCUUCAGAAACUUCUGCGGCGUCAGAGAAGGGCAAGGAAAACAUCGAGCCUGUUGUGAAGAUCACAUGAGCGAGAGCAUCAGAACAGGACCACGUUACUGAAGUCACUGGCAAUUUGGAUGUUGGGACUUGCGCUAUAGACAAGGUUCUGACGACUGAGGAUGGCAGGUCUGAGAAACGGCAGAAGUGAAGCGUUGCACAUGCAGUCAAGACUCAAUAAUUUUAACUUAGACACUACUUUUGUAGACACUAUAUCGUAUAUACACCUAGAUUAAGGGCUCGAUCUGACGCAAAGUCCUGACUUCCAAAGAGUCAUGGCAUCUACCGCUGUAUAUGGC